AGAUACGAACAAAACUCGACAUAUAAUAUACUUUUUGCGCGGCAGAAAGCGCUCCAUUUCUAUUUUCCAAUUUUGUUCAUUUUUAAUUAUAAUUUUUGGUAAUAGAGUGCCCUUAUUCGGUGUCCGUUUGCCUUAUUUUGCUUUAUCAUCGAGACUUUCCGCUCAGCCUCAACCGUCAUAAUUCCUACGGUUCUUCUCUCUCUCCGUUAAUCUCUAGGGUUUCGACUCAAUUCCUGCAUUUACAUUACUAUUUUAGCUGCAUAGUGGUGCAACAAAAGAAUCUCUGCUUAUCCUUUUUAUUUUAUUCGUUUUAGCAAGAAUUGCUGUCCGAUCUUACUUCGUUUCGUAGGGUUUGUACUUGAUUUAUGCACAUUUGUCUUCUUCGAUUAAGAAUUUUGGGAGGAUUCGUUGUUUCAUGGGUUUAGGGUUCUAGAAACGAAGAUUUUCAUUUGCUGCUACAGGGAUUGGGGUUUUCUCUGGAGUUUAGAAUUUCAGGUGUAUCUAUGGCGCCUGGUAAACAUGGAGGUUAUCGUGACAACGAGUUUAUGGACUGUGAGUCAAAUUUUGAUGUUUCAAGGCGGGUUUAUUAUAAUGAUUCUAAAGAAGAGUAUGAUAGGAUUAGGAUUAAGAACGGUAGCCGUGACUCUGCAAGGGGUGGAAGCAGGGAUGCAAGAGACAAGAUUAGACUGAGACAGAAAGAUACUAGGGAGAGGAAAGCUUCAAAUGGCAGUCGUUGGUCAACUUCGAGUAGGAGUGACUCAGGCAGCAGUGGCAGUCGUAGUGGUGGGGUUGGUCCCAGACGAUGUGGAUUUUCUGUUAAGACUAUGGAUAGAGAGCCUGGUGAGCUUUCCAGUGAGAGUGGGUCUGAUGAUGGUAUUGAAUCAGAAUCACGCGGAAAAUACACUGAGGUUGCUACAGGUGAAGAAAAUGGGACACGAUUUCUGGUAGACAGGAAAAGAAAAUUUUCACCAAUAGUAUGGGAUCAGGACGACAGAGAAGUGAAUAAUUUAUCCAAACUUGGGGUUGCCACAGCAGCAAGUGCUCUUCCUCAGCCUCCUUCAUUUCCAAGAAUCCAUCAGAUACCUUUUGGUCCUUACAGUGGAGUUGAAACCCAUCCUGUCAAAAAUACAGAAGCUGAGAAUCUUGAGUUGCCAACUGCAACUAAUUUUCCUUUGCUAUCCAAGUCAGUUCAGGAUACCGAGUCUGAGUCUCCUGUAGGUUUGCAUUCAUUGUUGCCAGGGCAGAAAUGGGGUCAUGAGCUGGAAGCUGAGCAACCUGAAGGUGAAGAUUAUAUUCCAACUCACAAUAUAUCAUCUUCAAGAUGGGCAGCUGGAGAUAAUUCUCCUGGUGAUGAAGGUGAAAUCAAUGAUGACAAGGAAAUCCAUGAGAGGAGGAGGAAGAUAUCUCCUGAGCUGGUUAAGAGAGUAAGAAAUAAGAUCUCGAGACAGGAGGAAUCUAAAAUAGAUGGUUUUGAAGGAGCUAGAGCCAAAUCAUCUGAAUCUGAAGAAAGAGGUAGCCAUGGGAGAUCGUCCAGUGGAGACGAUCAUUCUGGUAUUGAGUCAGAGAAGGAUGAUUAUAUGGAGAUUGAUGGUCAAGGUCACAAAAGUGAAACUAGUGGUAGUCAUUUGGAUACAGAUUCUGAAGAUGAUAGCAGGGAAACCCCUGAACCUCCGGCUGCACCACAAAGAGUUGUCAACAUGCUUCAGGGUUGUAGAAGUGUUGACGAGUUUGAGAGAUUGAACAAGAUAAAUGAAGGAACAUAUGGUAUUGUGUUUAGGGCCAAAGAUAAGAAGACUGGAGAAAUUGUGGCAUUGAAAAAGGUGAAAAUGGAGAAGGAAAAAGAAGGUUUUCCGAUGACUUCUCUUAGGGAAAUAAACAUUCUUCUGUCCUUUCAUCACCGAUCUAUAGUAGAUGUUAAGGAAGUAGUGGUAGGGAGUAGCCUUGAUAGUAUUUUCAUGGUUAUGGAAUACAUGGAACAUGAUCUCAAAGGACUAAUGGAGGCAAUGAAGCAGCCAUUUAGCCAGAGUGAAGUAAAAUGCUUAAUGCUGCAGCUUUUAGAAGGUAUGAAGUAUCUUCAUGACAACUGGGUGCUUCAUAGGGAUUUGAAGACUUCAAACCUACUUCUGAACAAUAGGGGUGAAUUAAAAAUUUGUGAUUUUGGAUUGGCUCGUCAGUAUGGGAGUCCAUUGAAACCAUAUACGCACCUGGUCGUUACUCUUUGGUACAGGGCUCCAGAACUUCUUCUGGGAAAAAAACAGUAUUCGACAGCUAUUGACAUGUGGUCUUUGGGUUGUAUAAUGGCUGAACUAUUAUCCAAGGAACCGCUGUUUAAUGGGAAGACUGAAUUUGAUCAACUUGACAAGAUUUUCAGAAUUCUUGGCACACCAAAUGAAGCAAUUUGGCCUGGGUUUUCAGAAUUACCUCGAGCAAAGGUCAAGUUUGUCAAGCAUCAGUAUAAUCUCCUGCGGAAAAAAUUUCCUGCAACAUCAUUCACUGGAUCUCCAGUGCUUUCCGAUUCUGGAUUUGAUUUGUUGAACAAACUUCUUACCUAUGACCCUGAAAAGCGGAUCACAGCUGAAGAAGCUUUAAACCAUGAGUGGUUUCGUGAAGUUCCCCUUCCGAAGUCUAAAGAGUUCAUGCCUACAUUCCCUGCUCAACAUGCUCAAGACAGGCGCACACGAAGAAUAUUGAAGAGCCCAGAUCCCUUAGCGGAGCAGUACCAGAAGGAAUUGCAGCAGGGUGAAUCAGGGACUGGUGGUAUUUUUGGUUAAGAAUGGAUGCAUUUUAAAUUUUAGGUCUCAAUAAUCUUUCAAACACGCUUUGCUGAAUGUUUGCAUGCUUGAGGUGAGAGUAAGCAUUGAGCAGAAGUUGCUAAUAUUGAUCGGUAGAUGAUCACUUGUGCUAUUUUUUAUCAGGCACUUGUUGGUUAGUGUCGAGUUAUGGAUUUUUUACUUCCUUGGAGCCAGAUUUAUUUCAGGUUACCUUCAUAAUGCUUGAUCAUUAUAUAGAAAUGCACACAGGGCACAGGUUUCACAUAAAGUGUGACAUAAUUGCGCUCUGAAAAUAGUUUCAGUAGGUAUCUGCUGAAACUUGUAUAUGUAACAUUACAUGUUUUCAUUUUCAUCGGUAUACUGUAAACAAUUUAAAUCUGGUUGAGUAUUAAAGCAAUAUGGAUUUUCUGUUAGCUAUCAGUUCUUAGCUGUUUUUAAUGUGCAUAUUGUGUUUGCAAGAGACAGUUCGUGUGAAGUGGAAGAGUGCAUUCUGUCCAUUUCAUUGAAGAAAAUGACUGUAGCUUUUUACAUCCAAGGUAAUGCAUUCCUUUGAUAUCUUGGAUAAAGGAUAUUAAGGAAUGAUGAUUGUGUUUGUCAGUCAGAGAGACGAUGUUUAUAAGCCAGUGUCACUUUGUUAACAUGGACUGAUGUUUAAUGUGUAUCUACUUGCUACUUGGCCAACAUUUUGGAGUGUAAAGCACAAUUACAAAUAACUUUGCUUCAAGGAAAGUGGGAAACCUUUUUAUUUAAUGCAAAGUAAUUGUAUAGCAAUAAUUUAUUUAUUUAGUAAUUGGCAAAUGUUUAAGUUUCUUAAAUCUAAAUCGAACUGGAAUGAAAAAUUUGGAAGAAUUUCAUGGAUUCUUGUUCACAAGUUGACUUUUAAUUGGAGCUUGAAAUUGUGAUCACGGAAGUAUCAAUAAAUAUGGGGAUGGCUGUUUUUUUCUUCAUAUCUGAUCUGAAGAAUUUUCAGAUUGUCAUAGAUUUUUGUAAUUGACAACAUUUUUUUACUCUAUUUUGUUGUCUCCUUCCUAGUGAGAUAAGGCUUUGUUGUUGUCUUCCUCAUGCCUCAUGAAAAGAAGUGUGCAAUUUCAGCAUAUUAAUUUCUCAAGUGUAUUGUAGUACUAAAGAGUAUUAACUAAUACUGAAACGCAAGUUAAAGCAAAAUAUCAUGUGAUCUGUUCAUAAGGGUUGAAGUUUUCACAAGUUCAAGAAUUAUUUUAUGACAUUUCUGUGCAAAUGUCACUGCAGUAUCAAAGCCAGCAGGUUGAGGAUGUUACCUGUAAACCCUGGAAUAUAUGGAACUUUGUUCCAUCAAGCUCUCUAGAGGUACCAUGCCAACCUUUGAUUGUUAUAACUUAUAAUACAUUUCUAAAGUUCUUUAAGAUCAUAAGCUGCGUGUUAUAGAAAUUUCUUUGGUAAUUUAUUCAUAUUUUUUAGAAUAAUAUUAAAGGGAUAUUUGAUGGAUUAUAACAUUGCCGUGAUAAUGCCAACUUAAAUGUGCUGUUAAAUUGGUCGUCAAUUGUAUGAUUCAAAUGUAACUCUUAAAAAGCAGCUUCAUUAAAAGGAAUUACCAGGGACAGGGAUGUUGGCUGUGAAGCUUUGCCUAAGCCAACUGGCCCUAGUCUGGAUUUAAGUUUUUUCCUUAUUUUUAAUUUCUUCUGGAUCUUACAACUGUGACCAUGUUUUUGGUUUAAGUUCAGUCAAAUAUGCAUCAUCACGAAAUUAUCAACGUGGAAAUCAAUAAUUUAGCAAGAUUCUGAAAGUUUCAUCUAUGCGGUUUGAUGGUAAAUCCAAGUGGAAAAAACUGCUUGUUUGUCAAUACUGUGGACAUUUCUUUCUGGUUGGUGUUAAAAUAUGCCCACAAGAUAUUCUGUUGUUGAAUUAGGAGUUAAGCUGGAUCUCAUUUUAUUCAAUCAAAGAAUUCAAUGAUGGUCAAAUUGAGUGGAAUUAUUUGGACAGACGAUAGUGAGGAUCGGUUGAAGAGCUCGUACGGUUUGAAUCUUGAUCUUUUGAGAAUUAAAUGGUUAAUGCCUUGUGUGUAUGUGCCAUUUCUUAUUGUUCCUAUUCUAGUUUACUUGAAGGACUGUAGUGCCGGUGCAUCAUUUUUCUGUGAUAGAAUUAAAAUGUACCAUUUUCUGUUAUGCAUUUAUACAUUUAUGUCACAACAUAACUUAUUUUCUAUUAAGUUUGACAUUUUACUGGAGUGUAGCAUUUGGCUUUUUUUCGUUUUCUAUUUUUCCAAUUUUCGAAAUAAUGGACGUGGUUCUUCGUUAUCUUAAGAGUGGGAUCCAGUCGCAACUUGUAUGCGUUCUUUAGCCAAUGAUUUAAGAGUUCUUGAUAAUACUCGUCGCGGGAUAACUAUGGGUUGGUUCAACUGAGAGAUGGGCUUGCUAGCAUAUGCAAAGCAUUCAAGGUCUAAUUUAUAACAUUUAGUGGACGGUGAUGCAGUAUCAUUUGUUAUUCACUCUAUCCAACUGCCCCCUUAUGUUUAUCACUGCACAGAUUGUAAGAAUUAUAAAAAUUGUAAAACUUUUUGGAAGUGCUGUUUGACGGUUUUAUCCGACUAUGUUUGCAAAUAAUUUCCCCUUUGUCCAUGACUAUAUUUUCCGUGUAAGACUCCAUAACAUUAUAUUUAAUUUUUUAAUAUUAAUUAUUUCAAAAUUUUGUAAAAACAUGACAUAUCGCUAGUACUCGUGCUAAAGCGGCUCGUGUUGUUCAGUUCAUUGCCCAUCCUGACUUAUGUUUUGGGCUAUGGGUGAGAGUUGAUACAUCUUGAUAGGUUUAGAUUUAAAAAUUCAAAAAAAAUAAAAUUCAAACUUCACAAUAUUAGUUGAACCCCCCCCCCCUCCC